AUUUUUUCUAUAAUUUAUCUCUUUAAUUCUUAACGAAAUAUUUUAACUAAGAGAAAUAACAAAUUAAGAAGUAGAUAAAAAAACAAAAGAGAAAGCCGCAAACUGAAAGUAGUUAAUCUAUUCAAUCGAUUCAAUUAAUCUAUUCAAUUACACGGUUACUUCGGUGUUGCAACUUUUAAAUUUUAAUGUGGUUCCGAUUUAAUUAAGAAAAGAAUUAUGAAAUAAUUAUCAAAAAGAUUGCGAAACUAAUUAUAAUUUAAUACUGUUUCCUAAUUAUCUCCUUGAAACAGAAAUGUGUUUGUAAAUAGUUUCUUAACAAAAACUUUGUGCCCCACGAACGUCGUCGUCGUCGACGUUGCACAUUGUUGAUCGUUCUGUUUCCAUAGGAAUUCUCCAGCGGGACAUGAAAAGGGAUCGAGCGAUAGCACCAGCAUUCGCCCACCCUUUCGUUCCAUCGUUACCGAAGGUAUGCUUUAUCAUCCAAGGUAUGCUCCGGGUUAAUAAGUCACGGAACGCGUACAUGUUCGGUGGUGGUACGGUGCCACUUGUCCCCGCAAAGGGGUCUACAAAGAUCGAAUGGUACCAUCGCACGCGAUCCACUACCAGGCUCCUCCAGUUACAAUGUUGAGGCACCCUUGUUCGAUUUUCUUCGUCGACUUCUCUUGGCCGGGGAGAACCAUAUCAUUGAUUGGCUGGUCGGCCGACCGAUGUGCGUUCUUAGAGGGUGAAGCGAAGAGUUGCCUGACAAAGGGGUAGAACGUGCUCAGAAUGCUGGCGACGAACAGCGCCUACGGUUGCCGCGAUUGUCACCCCUUCGUAUCUGACAGCGUAACGAGCAUCGAUACCAUCGGCAACCCGGGUACGACACGUUCGAAAUUCUAUCCAAGAAUCACAGCCAAAUUGAAAACAUUACCUGGUAUAAGUAGUUACACGGAUCCGGCGUGCAUUGCACGUAUGAAGCGAUUGAGGAACAGAAAAACAAAUGGACUUUCAAAGUUGGAUCUAAGCAAGAGGAAACCAGCGGAUUAUAUGGAGCUUGCAUAUAGGGAAGCUAUCUCAAAACUGAAGUAUCUGUUAGCUGAAUCGUACGCUCCAACUGGAAUGUCCAGAACAAAGCAGCGAAGUGUUCGAAGUAUAUAUAAAAGCAGUAACCCGCGAAUUAGUGAAUCUGGAGAAGACACAGAUGAUCAAAGUAUGAUUAGCGAUAGUUUCCGAAGAAAGGAUCUCUCCAGAAACACAUUUCUAAAUACCUUCCCACCUCUCUCGAAAACUAUUCAAUCAUCAAAGGCAUAUAGUAAUAUAGCAUUGUCAAGAGCCGAUCUUCAGUCCAUUCCUCCAGAGUUAACGUCCUUUAUUGAACGGCAGGAGGAUUACAUAGAACAACUGGAACGGGAGUCUCAAUACUGUAGAGAUGAACUUAUUAAUCUGCUAAGCAAAGUUCGCGAGGUCGUAGUCGAAAACGAGACGUUGCACAGCAAGAAUCAGGUUGCAUUGUCCAAAUGCAUUCUCCAGGAUCAUAAAGAUCGCUGUGGGAAUACGAAUCACGAGUGUCACAAGGAAGAUGCGGGCGGUCACGUUGAUAAUACAUUAGAGUGCAAACGGGAAAAGUUCUUGGAAGGACCUAGUAUAAUAUUCGAGUCGAGAAUCAGCGAGCUGGAGGCGCAAUUGACCCAGGCGAAAUUGGAGUUACGAAAGGCGCAGGAGGAGAAUCAGGUGAACCUGAAACGUUUGUCCGAAAGUGGCUCAAGCGAGAGCAAUGUCGAAUUGAAGGCCGAAUUGGAUAAAGCUCUACGCGCCAAGUACGAGUCUGAGAUGAAGCUGGAGGAAUUGCAAAAGCUGCUGUCGGUCGCGCGGGACAAGGAAACCGAGGCGACGCAGAGAGCGAGACGGUCCAUGGGCGACAGGCAGGAAAUCGAGUUUGAGAGGAACCAGAGCGAAUUGGAAAUUCGAAGAUUGAAGGACGAGUUGGAGAGACAACACGAAAAGCUACGGGAAGCUGCACAGGACGCGAACAGACGUAUAACCGAAGAGAGGCAGCAAGUGGAGCGUCGGUACAAUCAGCAAAUCGAGCAGCUCACCGCCGACAUCGCGAAUCAUUGGGAGGCCACCAAUAAAUCGCAGUUAGAGUCUGAGAAACAGCGGCGAGAGAUAAACGAAUUGAGACGAGAGCUGUCGCAGAAACAAACCGCCAUGGACAAUCUGAAGAAGGAAUUACAGAACAAGAUAUCAACCCUGCAGAGCGAUUUGAAUCAAAUGUUAAGCGAGAAAGACGCGGCGGAACAAGAGAUCUUAACCGGCAAACUGGCGGCCGAACGAAGCGACAGGCAGGCUCGUCAAGAGCAGAGCAGAUUGCAGGCAGAAAUAAAUUCGUACAAGCAGCGUUUGGAAAGAGCGGACGCUGAUCUGGUACAUUGCAGACGAGAAAAUCUACGACUGUCGGAGCAAAUAGCAUCUUUGGAAAAAGAAAUCAGUAUGAGUAAAAUGGUACGAUCCGAAGAGAAUCGUAGCGAAACUACGCCUAGAUUGGAAAACGAGAAGGAAUUAGCGUCUAUGAUAAUGGAUAUGGAGACUAAACAUGCUGCCACGGUGGCGGGCCUAGAAGACGCCCUGAGUAAUCAGGCCACGCUCGUCUCGAGAUUGACCGCCGAAUGCCAAUCUCUCACACAGCGUUUGGAAGCUAACAAUCUUAAACACAAGGAAGAAAUGGCCGGCUUACAAAGUAACAUAGAACACUUGUCAAGUAAAAUACAAGGCAGCCUUGUAAGUCACGCAGGAGGAAUUGCUACGGAAGCUAACGAUGGUACUGGAGCUUUUCAUUAUAACGCUACGAUGGAUUCAGUAGUCUCGCCGCAUACGAACGGGUUAGCAGUCGGUGCUCAAGAAUCGCAAAUGACGCAUCAGGGAUAUGAUACGAGCGGUCAACAAGUAGCGGGUGAGGAUCGGUCAGAAAUGUAUUCAAAUGCGCCGAAAAGAAACGACGAAAUGCAGGGCGACUUGUACGGCUUGUCGAGCGAUCAUACCGGUGCGAUACAAAAUAACUUUGUACCGAAUACAAUGGAAGCUGCCGAGAUGUAUCAGCAGCAAGGAGACGCCCGUAAUAAUGAGGUGUACGCAACGAACGAUUCAAAUAUGGAGACUUAUAUGAUGGAGCAUGAUCAUAAUCAAUACGAUGAAUACGAUCCUUCACAGUAUCCGGAAGAACAGUAUGUUACUGACAACCAAUAUAGCGUGAUGGGUGAACAGUCGGAAAGUAAUCAGGCUAACUCCGAUGUAGCCAGAACUAGUACCGAAACUCUGCACUAAUUAAUGUACUCUGUGUAUUAAUAACAUACGCACGUAUAUAUGAGUAAAUACAUAAAGAAUAUAGAAUAA